GCCACGUCGCUUUUGCGGCACUAGACAGCACGCGCUUCAUCCAUGGCUUCCGCGGACUCCCGGCGGCUGGGGGACGGCGACGGUGCCGGGGGCGCUUUCCAGCCCUACCUAGAUUCCUUGCGGCAGGAGCUGCAGCAGAGGGACCCGACGGUGCUGUCAGUGGUGGUGGCGCUUCUCGCCGUGUUGCUGACGCUGGUGUUCUGGAAGCUCGUCCGCAGCAGAAGGAGCAGCCAGAGAGCGGUGCUGCUGCUCGGCCUUUGCGACUCCGGAAAGACGUUGCUGUUCGUCAGGUUGUUAACAGGCCACUACAGAGACACCCAGACGUCCAUUACAGACAGCUCUGCCACAUACAGAGUCAACAAUAAUAGGGGCAAUAGUCUGACCUUGAUCGACCUCCCUGGCCAUGAGAGCUUGCGGCUUCAGUUCUUAGAGCGGUUUAAGACUUCAGCCAGGGCUGUGGUGUUUGUCGUGGAUAGUGCAGCAUUCCAGAGAGAGGUGAAAGAUGUGGCUGAGUUUCUGUAUCAAGUCCUCAUUGACAGCAUGAGUCUGAAGAACACACCAUCGUUCCUAAUAGCCUGCAACAAGCAAGAUAUUGCAAUGGCAAAAUCAGCAAAGUUAAUUCAGCAACAGCUUGAGAAAGAACUUAACACCUUACGAGUUACCCGUUCUGCUGCACCCAGCACACUGGACAGUUCCAGCACUGCCCCUGCUCAACUGGGAAAGAAAGGCAAAGAAUUUGAAUUCUCGCAGUUGCCCCUCAAAGUGGAGUUCCUGGAGUGUAGUGCCAAGGGUGGGAGAGGGGACCCCGGCUCUGCUGACAUCCAGGACCUGGAGAAGUGGCUUGCUAAAAUCGCCUGAGUGACAGCUCUGAAGCACUGGUCAGGGUGGGGACCGCGUGAGUGACAAUUGGCUGUGAUAGUCUGGAGUUGAUAAAGAAGAGGUAUAAAAUGUGGCUGGAAACAUUUCCUUGUUCUGGAAACCAGUUCCCGCUAAAGCCUGCUUGGAACUUUUCUUUCUCAAGUUCAGUCCUCCCUAUUGCUCCCUUUCAAACAAAUGACUUCUGUUUAACUCUCACUGUUGGUAAGGUGUGUGCGACAUCCCCUUAGUGAAUGCUGGAUGCAGGGUCAGUGUCUGACAUAACAAGCAGACCACAUACAGGAAGGACACUGUCACUAGGGUCAGGGUUAUCCCCAAAGACUUAUUUUCUGCUUCUAUGCUUUGAUCUUGUGCUUUCCCUGGAAGUAACGCUAUUUAUCAAACAGUGGAUUUCCACUUGCCCCUCACGUUCUGGGCAGUGCAUCCUCUUGUCCCUUAUUCUCAGAUUCAUAGGUAGUCAGUCUAGUUUGCCCACGUGUGAAGACAGGUACAGAACAGCAGGGCUGGGCUGACAGGAUGUUCUUCAUCAGCUCGGUGACUUGCCCACACUCCAGCCUCAGCACUCAGGAGCACUUGGAGUCAUUCCCAGGUGACAGAGCCGCAGAUGCUAACUCCCCAGCUGCCAAGGGUUGGGUGUGUUCUAGUGUUGUUUGGGGCCGUGUGGAGAUGCGGACCCUGGGCCUGUGCUGCCCCAUCAGCUCCUGUUUGUACCCUGAGCUGGAAUGCUGUGGGGCAGGUGCAGCAUGGGAGAGUUCUCUGUAGGUUUUCCAAUUCUAUAUUCACUGAUGCUUACCAAAAAAAGUCUUUUUCAAAGUGACGUUCUUUGUUGUCUUCUUAAACACUGGACAAUUUUACUGCUCUUAUAAAUGAUUAAUAACCUUUCUUGCUAAAUAAGCUGUCUGGCCCAAUAAAGCAAUCAAAUAGAAUGGUAUAGUAAGCACACUCAAGGUGGAGGGAGCAUGUAUUGGGGUGCUGGACUAACCUGAGCCUCAAGAUUGCAGUGGGUACAGGAAGAGCUGCUGCUGUCCCUGCCUCUCAUGCCUGGGAACGAGGCCAGGGAAAGCUUACCCGGAGACAGGGGUGCUGUGGUGAGAAGCCCAUCACAGAACAGUGCGGUGAGAGCCCCGAGAGAAGAGGCACAAGAUGCCCUGGGUCCCGCAGCAGUGGCCCCUAGCCCGGCGUUGAGGGAUCGGGAGAGGCGAUGGACAGAAGCGUGGGCCCAUGCCUCUUCUGCCUCACACAUCCCUGUGUGGGGGUCGCCGGGGCUCUGAGAGCCCACAUACUCGGGCUGUUAUGUCUGGCAGAUGUACUUCAGGCUCCUGCCCCCGAAGCAUGCAUCAGCCUAGCAAAGCAUGAAAUAAAUGCAGUGUGUGAUGGAAAA